GGUUGUAAUUUUAGAAUGAGAACUUCACCCAUCAUCACUUACGGCUCGAAGAAGGCCAGACCAGAAGCUGUGACGGCGGCGAGGGCGGCGGCGAGGGCGGCGGCGAGUGCAACAAUGAUUGCAAACUAGGCGAACGGCGACGGGGACGAAACGCGAUCACCCACGGCGAGCGAACGAGCGAUGACCACGAUCGGCAAGCGGACCAAACGCGAUCACGAACGGCAACCACGAACGGCAACCACGAACGACGAUCGGACAGAGCGAAGCAUAGUGGUAGAGUGAAACAAAACAAAAAUGAAGAACACUAAUCAGGUUAUUAAACCCUACACAAAACGACUCCUCCUUUCUACGUUUCUGCCUUUUUUCGAACUCUAAAUCGCUGUGAAAUCGCGAUUCUGAACGAUUCCACCGAGUCCAUGUACGAUUAUACUGAGUUCAGUCCAAAAACGAGUUUGGUUCCGAGUUAGCUCGGAAACCAUAACUGGGAACGUAAACUCGGACGAGUUAACGAGUUUAUUCGCGAGUUUGAGAACCAUUGGCGACACUACUUCUUGGUUGUUAUAUUGAGUAGCUUAAAAAUCUUUUGAAAGAGUUGGAGUCCGAAUGUUUGAUGCCACAUCUUCCACUGGUAUGUCUUAUUGGAAGUUCUAAAGGUCACAAUUUCCAUUAGCAGUCUCCAUGUUGGGUUGAAAACAGAACAAGUUCUAUUUGAGUAGUAAAAAACAGCAUUGUUCGGUUUCUGCAUUAAAUACAACAUCUAUAUUUCUCUUACCAUUUUGCAUUCCCAACUUCAAUCAUGGGAAAAGAGAAACUAAGCUUCAAAGAAGUCCAUCAUUCUCAUAGCCCCAAAACAACUCUCUGGUGGUUCUUUCUUGUAGCUACCUGCAUUAAAGUUCUACUUUUCCCAUCCUACCGUAGUACAGAUUUUGAGGUGCAUCGCAACUGGCUGGCUUUGACCCACUCUCUCCCUCUUUCCCAGUGGUACUUUGAUGAGACAAGUCCAUGGACCCUUGAUUACCCACCAUUCUUUGCCUAUUUUGAACGCUUUCUAUCUAUUUUUGCUCACCUCAUCGAUCCCCAAAUUGUGCACCUUCAGGAGGGCCUGAAUUAUAGCUCAAACAAGGUGGUUUAUUUCCAAAGAGUUACUGCAAUACUUUCUGAUUUGUCUCUUCUUUACGGGGUUUACAGACUUACUCGAAAUUUGGAUUCAAAAAAGCAGAAGUUGGUCUGGUCAUUGAUUAUUUGGUCACCAGUGCUUUUUAUAGUGGACCAUGUGCAUUUUCAGUACAAUGGAUUUCUCAUUGGGAUUUUGUUGAUAUCACUUUCAUAUUUGGAGGAAGGAAGGGAUUUGUUAGGUGGGUGUAUCUUUGCUGUUCUCUUGUGCUUUAAACAUUUAUUUGCAGUGGCAGCACCAGUCUAUUUUAUUUAUUUGUUGAGACACUAUGUUUGGGGUGGAAUGAUAAGAGGCUUCAGUCGACUUUUGAUUAUGGGAGGAGUGGUUACAGCAGUGUUUGCAUCUGCUUUUGGACCAUUUUUCUACCUUGGGCAGAUAGAACAAGUCAUUCGGCGAUUGUUUCCAUUUGGCAGGGGGCUUUGCCAUGCAUACUGGGCCCCAAAUUUUUGGGUAUUCUAUAUUAUGUCAGAUAAAGGGCUUGCUUUCAUAUUAAGAAAACUUGGGUUCAAUAUCCAGAUGCCAGCAGCUUCAUUCACUGCUGGUCUUGUAGGGGAUUCCUCACCAUUUUCUGUACUACCUCAGAUCAAACCAUAUGUGACCUUUAUAAUGGUUCUUCUUGCCUUAUCUCCUUGCCUUUUCAAGGCUUGGAAGAAUCCACAGCCACAGAUGAUUAGUAGAUGGAUAGCCUAUGCUUAUACCUGUGGUUUUCUUUUCGGAUGGCACGUGCAUGAGAAGGCAUCUCUCCAUUUUGUAAUUCCACUUGCCAUUGUUGCACCUCAAACUCCGGAGGAUGCAAGGCAUUACUUUUUGCUGUCAAUAGUAUCUUGCUAUUCAAAUUUUCCGCUACUAUUCGAGGCACAAGAGUAUCCGAUCAAAGUUUUGUUGCUGCUUCUACACUCCAUUUUGAUGUGGUCAGGCUUUUCAGCACAAUUUUAUGUUGGGGCUGAAACAGCGAGAGCGCCAAGUACUAUUUCAAAGAAAAAGGCUGAUGAAUUUGGAUCUGAAGAUAGUUGGGGUGAAACCGUGAAGAAGAAGAAUGGUUUUGUUAUUGGGUGGACUGAGAGGAUUUAUCUGAUAGGUCUUGUAGUUGUGGAGAUAUGGGGCCAAAUUUUACACCCUCUAAUUUUGGGUGAUAAGUUUGCAUUUGCACCACUCAUGUUGAUCUCCAUAUACUGUGCUUUUGGGAUCAUGUACUCUUGGAUUUGGCAGUUGAUAUCCAUAGUUAAAUACCUUUAAAUUUAGGACUGUCUGCACUGGAUACUACUGAAUUUUAUUAGCGAUGUUUUAAGAAUCCACAUCUGGUUUAAUUUUUUAAUUAAAUGAAGUCACUGUUUGACACGAGUAUUACUUAAGGAAUUACUAUUUGAUCUUGC